AAUACGAACAAUCGAACAUGCAAAAAAUGAAAAAUGGUGUUUGAUGCUUUCUAUCUCUAUCUAAAACCUACAUGUAUUGUCAAUUAUGAAUUUAUGCCACCAAUGACAACUUACUUUUGGUUGGGAGUAGGGUUGAUUAAUGGUCUAUGUUCACACAAAUAUAGGUUUAGGGACCAUCUCUAUUUUUCAGUGCGAGUUCUCCUUACUUCUCUUCUUUUGUAGGCUUUGUAUAGAAGACGAUUCACCAACUUACACACCUUAAGCUCUAUUUUACUUGUAUAUAUUUCCAACCUGUUUCUAUAUAGUUAUCUAGGGGCCGGGUGUGCACGGGCAUUUUUGGACUCAAAUUGAACCACCCGCUCGUUAACGAGUUGAUAUUUUUAUGAUCCGUUAUUCACUCACAUUCGACAUUAGAAUGGGUUGGGAGGGUGGAGAAUGGUUGUUCAAAUCUAUAGACUUUUAAUUAAUUUUUGUGACCCCCUCAUUAAACAUUUCUGACUCUCCCGCGAUCCGAUCUAUACGUAAAAAAUAUUAUUGAGUUGAGAUUGCUCUAUCUAUCUUUCUUACUCGUCGUGGACAGUGAUUUAACCAUCUAUUAAAUUGUAAUAUUUUUUAAAUAUGAAUCAAUAUUCUGGCAAGAUAAUCGUUGGAUUUUUAUAAUCAUAGUGGACAACAAAGUCAAAAUAAACUAAAGAUAGAAGGGCAACACCUUGCUUAUGAGUUAUGACCCAAAAAAAAAAAAAAUACAGUACUUAAGCAUAUACCGAAAGCUCAAUAAUCUAUUACCGCAAUUUACUCAGCAACGCCUUUAUUAUUAUUAAUUAAUUAAGUGGUAAACAAUAGUACUUAAACAAAAGGACGAAAGCUGAUUGGCUAGUUUAGGAUGAUAUUAAGUUAGUCAAACAAAUGGGCAUGAUCAGCCGCGGUGGUCUCACUCAGGUCAGGUCAGGCCUGGGCUGGGCUGGAACCGACUGCCGUUUUGGAUGCCGCCUCAGUCCAAAAUCAGUGGCGUAAGCAGUGACAAAAUCGCAGCCCAUGUGGGGUACGGACAACCCACCCAACCCCACUUCCCCACUUGCCACGUGUCCCGCCUCCUCCACCCCUCCCUCACUCAAUCACCAGAAAUAUAUUAUUAUUUAAAAAGCGAAAGCAAGGUUCUUAAUUUAAAAAAAAAAAAAAAAUUAAAAAAUACAUUGGCCUUCCAUGGUAAUGAUGAUAAUGAAAGGCAGAAAUGAGAAACGUUAUCACCCACGUGUAUUCUAGAAACCACACUUGCCACGUGUCCUCCCUCCCCCUUCCUAUAAAUUCCCACCUCUCCCUUGCGUUUUAAGUUUCAAGCGCCGUCGCGUAAGACUAAGCAUAUUCCAUUCCAUCUCCUCCUUCCUUCCCUUCCCUUCCCUUCCACCACCGCAAAGCCGCAGAGCCACCGCAGCCGAAAGUUAACCGAAAGACAACAGAGAUUUUUUUUUAAAAAAAGCUCGAUUGGAGAAGGAUAAAGAAAUGUCUCCGGCGUUGGAUUUACCACCGGGAUUCAGGUUCCACCCCACCGACGACGAGCUCGUCAUGCACUACCUCUGCCGCAAGUGCGCCUCCCAGCCGAUCUCUGUCCCGAUUAUCGCCGAAAUCGACCUCUACAAGUACGACCCAUGGGAUCUCCCAGGUUUGGCUCUGUACGGGGAAAAGGAGUGGUACUUCUUUUCGCCCAGGGACCGGAAAUACCCAAACGGAUCCCGCCCGAAUCGGGCCGCCGGGACCGGUUAUUGGAAGGCCACCGGGGCCGAUAAGCCGAUUGGAGUGCCGAGACCCGUCGGAAUCAAGAAAGCGCUGGUGUUCUACGCCGGAAAAGCCCCCAAGGGCGAGAAGACCAACUGGAUUAUGCACGAGUACCGGCUCGCCGACGUGGAUCGUUCCGCAAGGAAGAAGAACAGCCUAAGGCUGGACGAUUGGGUGUUGUGCCGGAUCUACAACAAGAAAGGCGCGAUUGAGAAGCAGACGGGAGGGCAAAUGGCCAGCCGGAGAGCAGAAUCGACGGAGACGAUCGAGGACAGGAAACCGGUUCUGAUGGCGGCGCCGCCUCCCCCGCCAGGCCCGGUUACGGGAGGUCACCGGCCGGCCAACAACAACAACAACAACAGCGAUUACAUGUACUUCGAGACGUCGGACUCGGUGCCGCGGCUGCACACGGAGUCGAGCUGCUCGGAGCGCGUGGUGUCGCCGGAGUUCACGAGCAGCGAGGUGCAGAGCGAGCCGAGCUGGAGGGAGUGGGGGAGCAGCGGCGGCGGAGGGGUGACCAAUGACCAAAAUACCCUCGACUUCGGUGGGUUCAAUUACAUGGACGCCGCGUUGGAGAGCGAGCUGGCGUCGCAGUUCCAGGCUCCGGUGGGGAGCAAUCAGAUGUCGCCGCUGCAGGAUAUGUUCAUGUACCUGCAGAGACCAUUUUGAACGGAGGGAGAAUUUUUAGUCUUUACGAUCAGCAUCAGGGAUCGGUGGAAAUCCAACGGUCACACACGAGACUGAAAGUCCGUGAGUGUGUGCGCGGUUGGUGUACGGUUCCGAUCGGACGGCGGAGUAUGUAUUGAAUCUCCGCCGUCGGAUUUGGGAACCGGGAUGUAUAGAAAAAUAGGUGAAGGGAGUAAGUAGCAUUUGUGUUGUGCACAUAUGUGAUAGGAGGAGUUACAGUGAACAGAAGAUGUCAUCUUCUUGGAGGGUUUAUCGUUUGGAGUUAAAUCAUAUAUUUACCAAUUUAAUGAUCCGUAAUGAACCUUGCCUGUGAAUUCAGAAAUUUCCUCUCCUCAUUGUAAUUUGCCUUCCUUUUCCCCCUUUGUAAUGAAAAUAUGAUUCGUUCAAAUCUUAUCUUCGCUUUCCUGUUCCUGGGUUCGACAAUUCGUUGUGGAGACUUGAAGUUUGUGAGAGGUUAUUGAGAAAAGCCAUGAGGCACAAACAAACCUCCAUCAUAGGGAUGGGCCAUUGAGAAAAGCCCAUCAGGCUGAGCCCAAGCGUUAAUGGGGAAAUCCUGAAGGAGAAAUUUGGAGAAGUGCAAAGAAGUACGGAUUGUUGGUGGUCUCAUGGGGGAGGCGCUUACUGCGUGUUAGAGGACUCCUAGCCCGACCAAAGUACGAAGCAUUUUAAUGAUGUGCUGACGUGGAACUGGUUGGAAAGAGCCUGGUCCAAGACGGGGUAAGUAUAAAUAGUGCUAGUAGGUAAUAUUAAUGCAUGUUGGAUUCUCUCACAAGAAAACUGGGACAAAACACUUCUCUCUAUAGGAUAUUCACUAACUUGAGCGUCAGAGAAUUAACGGACUCGGGCGUCCACCUCUGUAUGCUUUGCGUGUAGGUGUGGUGUGCGAGGGAGGAGCUUCAGUGGAGUGGAUAAGACUUCCGAGUAGCCAGGCUCAAAUCUACCAUACUUAUAAUACGCCGAAGGGAAAAAACGGGAGCUCCAUUUCAAAUUUCCUGCAACGAGAGUGAAAGUAGGAAGGACAUUUUGGUCUUCACAAUUACUUUUUUUUAUUCAUUAAAAAGACACAUACUGGGAUUCGAACCAUGACCAUUUUAAAGAAAAGCAAGGAUAAUAACCAAUCACACUAAGCACAUUUGUUGUAUCUUUUUAAAUUAAAAACAUAUAAUAGCAUGGAGGAAAAAACAUUUCCCCCAUUUCAAAUUCCCUGCUCCAUGAGCGUUUGUAGGAAGGGUAGAAUAGGGAGUGUCAAUUUUUUUUCUCUUUCCUCUGUGGAACGGGCCAACUUACCGUACAAAUGUGAAUUUAAAGGGGUCCAGGAGUGACAAUUUUUUUCUUUAAGCCCUUUUAUUUCUCCGUGAUGAUAAUAUAUAUAUGAAAAGGCAAAAAUAAUACUCCUUUUUAUUGUUAAAAAUAAAUAAUUUAAUAAUAAACUAAUGCAUGGUAGCUAAUGGGCUAACAGCUAACCAUAAAUAACAUAAAUAAAAGAGUUGAAUGGGUCUAACCUACAUGGGAUUUGGCCAUCAAGUAAAACAAAUGAAUAUCAUUGGUUUGUCAUUCUAAAACAAGCUAAUUUCUCUGGCAUAAUAUAUAUUAUGCUAUUAUUUUAUAUCUUAGUGGCUAAAAUAUAAUGUAUUUUAAAGUUAUUCAAUGGUUCAACCUCGACCAACACAAUUAGUCCAAUUUUUAUCAUUUCAAAUAUACAUUUUAUAAUUAUUUGAUUUCAUAAUGAUCAAAUUAUAGUGUAUUUUAUAGGAAAUCGUUUGGUAUUUGUUAGUAAAAAACUAAACAUAAAGAUCUAUUUGGUUAUUUUAAACAUUAUAACGAUCCUAAACAUUUUCAGUUCCUUUUGAAUUUCUAUGGUUUUAUUCCCGAAUAAGUGAUGUGCAAAUGGCGAAUUGUAGUCGUCUCUUUUCUUUGACUAUUUUUUAUUUUCAAAUAGAAAGUUUAAAAGUAAAGAAUAAUUAGAAUUUGGCAUGGAUCGGUCAAACAGGCUGAAUUUCAAGUUUUUGCCCGUUUGUUUUAUGCAUUGCAAAUUUAUUAGCAUGUUGAUGGAAAUGGCUUGGAAAAAAGACAUAUAAGUUGUACCUUUGCAGAAAUGUCCUCAAAUGUUUGAAUGCUUUGUGAAUCAGGUUCCGUGACUUUUGUGAUGGUGUAUGUGCUUGACAAUUGCUCGAUGUUGUAACUGCUUAAUUUGAGAGUAAAUCUUUUGAUUUUUCCUAUGAGUUGUGAUACCAGUUCUGGUGGUUGCAGCAUGUUGUCGUUGUUGGCUUGUAAAAGUUGUUCCGCUGUGGUGCUAAAUACCUUUCUUUCUUUUUUAACAAAUUGUGUAGUAGUGC